UCCUAUAGCACUUCCGGGUUCUAAUGUUUACAACUGGGAGCAGCAUUGAAAACGCAGAGCUGUUUGUUUUGCUCAAGAAAACCACCUUUUACGUGAAAAACAACAUGAACAUCAAGUGCUAGGAUUUAUAUACUGUGACGGCAGCAGGGCUCCAUCAUUGAGAUCAGCUGCUGAGAGACCAAGUGUAGAAAAGACUAUGAAGAAGAAAAGCAGACGUCCAAAGUCAUCUGAGACUUCACGACAGACCAGCCGUGCACAGACAAAAGUGAGCGUCAGUGAGGAGAAGAGGCCUCCGGGAAACAGAGGGAGACCUCAGAAGACUGUCCCUGUAACCACGUACAGUUUCUACAACACUGCUAAAGACAAGACUGCUAACUCAGAUUUCAGUCAGGCAGCAGCUGAUGACACACUAAAACAUCCAGAGUGCAAGUCCAGAUCUUCAGCAGGUAGGCUGUCAACGGCUAUCUGUCGGCUCUGCCAUGGAAAGUUCUCUCCACGCAGCCUGCGGCAUGCCUUCAACAAGUGGCCUCAGCAUUCCAUCGAUAUUGUUGAUGAUGAGUCAGAUGCCACGGCCCAGUCGCCCCUUUUGUUCCACACAGACUUCCAACAACUGGUUGGGGUCCAGCUAGACCGUGACCCCCAGUUGUCGGAGUUUAUCUGCAAGAAAUGCCACGCCAAGUUCUACAAGUGCCACAGCAUCCUGAUCAGGUUUCUACAGAGAGUCAACCUCCCACCAGUUGGGAAAGUGAAUCUCAAAAGCCAGAAGAAUGCAAAGUGUCCAGAGUCCUCAGUAAACUAUGGUUCAACAACACCCCCGUCGUUUACCUCAGACCCUAAGUGCCUCCACAACCUGGUGUCCUGGGCUCACCACCACGGAGAGGCCUGCAGCUCCUGCCCCAACUUAAAGGAGGUGCUGGAGGGUCAGUGCUGGGGCUCCGUUAAGGCCGUUUGGGGUUGCAUUGAUGGCCACAGAUAUAUCAUGGACACUCAGUGCACCACUGCUACAAACCCAGGAUUCACGAUGAACAUCAGCAGUAAAGCAUUUGGGAGCGGCAGUGGUGAUGGAGUGAUGUCAGAGGAGGAGGAACAGGAGGAGGAAGAUGAAGAAGAGCAGCCCAGUGGGAAUGGAAGGACUCCAGCAGGAAGUAUAAGCACUCUGGCUCAACACAGUCCACCUGAAGUCACAACACAGACCCCGAGCUCGGUGCUGGCUGACUGGACCAGCAACACUGAAGGUCAGGAGGAGGCGCUGUCUCCUGCUCCAGCUCAGCUGGAGGACAGGGCUGCUGACAGCGAUCUAUCUGACAGGGUAAUCUCUGAGGAUGACUUUGAGGAGAGUAGAAAAGGAGGGUUAACAGAGGAUGAGUUGUUUGAGCCGUACUCGGAUAAGAGAGCUCACAGGAUGACCGUCCCCAACAAGAGAAGAAGAAGCCCAAAAGUCCCAGAGGAGCCCAAAAUCAAAAAGAAACCUGGUCCCAAACCUGGCUGGAAGAACAAGUUGAAACCCAAAGGAGAGGAGCUUCCCAACAUAUACAAGUGUCCGUAUCAGGGCUGUACGGCUGUCUAUAGAGCUCCUGAUGGCUUGAAGAAGCACAUCAAGGAGCAUCAUGAGGAGGUGAGAGAGCGACCCUGCCCUCAUCCUGGCUGCAACAAGGUUUUCAUGAUCGACCGCUACCUGCAGCGACACGUCAAGCUCAUCCACACAGAGGAGAGGAACUACAUUUGUGACCAGUGCGGCCAAACCUUCAAACAAAGGAAACACCUUUCAGUUCACCAGAUGAGACAUUCAGGGGCCAAGCCACUACAAUGUGAGGUGUGUGGCUUCCAGUGUCGCCAGCGAGCAUCACUAAAAUACCACAUGACCAAACACAAGGCGGAGGCUGACCUGGAGUUUGCGUGCCUGAUGUGCGGGAAACGUUUCGAGAAGGCCCACAACCUGAACGUCCACAUGUCCAUGGUCCACCCGCUAACUCAGGCUGAAGCUCACAGAGGCAGCAGCCAGCAGCAGCCUCUGUACUCUGACCUGCACACCAUCACUCUCACCGGGGAAGUGGUUCAGCAAGACCAGGACAGAUGACGGCAGGGAGUCCAGAUCCUGGUCCCUUGCACAGGGACAUAAACUGUGGGGCAGGGACCAGUUCAGUCAACCUGUACUGUGCUUUUUCUGUUUUCACAUUCAGGUCAUGGACUCAGAUGGGACCUGCUGUAUGGCUACUGGCUCCUCUGGGCAACACAAAACAGAUGUUUAUCUCAGUUCGGUACCAACAGAGCAAUUUUAGCAUCACAGCAACAAAGUCACACUGCUGCUGAUAAUUACUAUCUCAUGGAGCGCUCUUUACAGUUUUCAAGAAUCACUUUUCAUUCCAAAAUUAAUCUUUCGUUGUGACUAAGUUUAGGUUUUAGUUUGGUUUUGGGGAAGCAUUUCAGUUUUAUUUACAGUUUUCUACCUAGUUUCUAGGUCAACAGGUGGAACGUUUUGCUUCCACACAGCAUGGACACAAGAGGAAUGUAAUAAAAAGUUCCACUGGUAUACUUCCUGUAGUUUGCCAGAGUAAAACACUUUCUUCUCGAGGGAAUAAAGGCAGAAAAGAUUCUUAAAAGGUUAUCUUGGGUUUGAAAGUUUUAAUCCUUAAGAUUUUCAGUUUUUUUGUUUGAUUUGGUGACACCCGUGGCUACCAUGGAAACACCAAAUUUAAUACUACAGCAAAUGCUCAUUGAGCAGCUGGUUUAUCUGUUUGCAGUGCAGCCAAGAAGUCAGUCAAUAGUAAUUACUUCCACAAUCAGGUUUCAUGCUGUAAUUACAGCAGGGCAGAAAAUGACCUUGCUGAGGAGUUGGGAGUUGUGCAGCUCACGUUGGCUGCUCCUUCUUAUACCAUUACUCACUAAAUAUUACAAGUAAGUAAUUAUUAUUACUUACUAAUUCUUGUCUUGUUGACUCAUUUAAAUGUACGACGACUGGCUAUAACCUCAGUGACAAAUACAUUCCAUCAAUAAAAGCCGCCCUGUGUUUCGCCAGUUAACUGCUUUUACUAUGAAGCAGGAGCAGUAGGAAAUGUUGGGUUUGAUUUGGCACUAACUUAAUACAACUUGUAUUAAGUAAUUAUAGAAUGUAAAUAUUUUCAAUGGCUAUUGCUGGGAAAAAAAUGAUUUUUAACUUUGAAAGACAACAGCAGCUUCUGGUGCCUCUGUUGCAGAUCUGCUCAAAAGGGGAUUUUACAUUGCCCACGAACUAUAUGGAUCUACAUUUGCAUUUGAUAGCUGAAGUACACAGUAGCAGUUUUCCUGUAAUGCAAUAUUCUUGUUACACAAUUCAAUGUAAAUCACUUGUAUGUGCUGUGUAACCUUCUCACAGUACAAACAGUUGUGCAAAAUGAUUUCCAAGAACAUUCACAUCAGAUUUAUUGGGUUACUGUUUUUAUUAAGUUAUUAUAUUGCUAUUUCUGUAUUGUAAACCAGGUACAUGUAUAAUAAGUCCUGUGUGCAUUGUGUACAAAAAGACAUGUAAAUAAAAUGUAGCCUUUUU